CGACAAAACCUCAAGAAAGCUUCUUACCUCCCAACAUCCUUUUUCCUGCGACUAUUCAUCUACCCCAUCUCUCCGUAAUUGUCGCUUCUCCUUUCCUCCCAAGUCGCUGAAAUUGGAGGAUCGGUCAUCUACUUUCUUUUUUAAUAUCUGGAAUUUCUCUUUCUUGCCUCCUUCGUCCUUCUCGCCAUGUUCCGAAGCCUCCUGCCGCGGGCGACACCUCGGGCUGCCCUCCGCGCUGCUCGCCCUCAAUCGGUCCCUUCGCACUUUGUCCCUGCGUCUUCGCUCACUAUUCUCGGCCAGUCAAGCCGUGGUUAUGCCUCUGAGUCCGGUGAACACGAUAUUGUGAUCAUUGGUGGUGGUGUCGCUGGAUACGUUGCUGCUAUCAAGGCCGGUCAGGAGGGUUUCAAGACCGCAUGUAUUGAGAAGCGUGGCCGUCUCGGAGGUACUUGUCUUAAUGUCGGCUGUAUCCCCUCGAAAUCCCUCCUCAACAACUCCCACCUCUAUCACCAGAUUCUGCACGACACAAAAAAGCGCGGUAUCGAGGUCGGUGAUGUCAAGUUGAACCUCGAGCAGAUGAUGAAGGCCAAGGACACCUCCGUUGAGGGCCUGACCAAGGGUAUUGAGUUCCUGUUCAAGAAGAACGGAGUUGACUACAUCAAGGGUACUGGUGCGCUGGUGGACCAGAACACUGUCAAGGUCGACCUGCUCGAGGGUGGUGAGCAGACUCUCCGCGGAAAGAACAUCAUCAUUGCCACCGGUAGUGAGGCAACUCCUUUCCCCGGCUUGAACAUCGACGAGAAGAGAAUCAUUACCAGCACUGGUGCUCUUUCUCUGAAGGAGGUCCCCAAGAAGAUGGUUGUUAUUGGUGGUGGUAUUAUUGGUCUGGAGAUGGCUUCCGUUUGGUCUCGUCUCGGAGCCGAAGUCACCGUCGUCGAGUUCCUCGGUCAGAUCGGUGGUCCCGGCAUGGACGCUGAUAUCGCCAAGCAGGCCCAGAAGCUCCUCCAGAAGCAGGGUAUCAAGUUCAAGACUGGCACCAAAGUGACCAAGGGCGAUGACAGCGGCGCUACAGUUUCCCUCUCCGUGGAGUCUGCUAAGGGUGGCAAGGAGGAGACCCUGGAUGCCGAUGUCGUCCUUGUCGCCAUUGGUCGCCGCCCCUUCACCGAGGGACUCGGCCUGGAGAAUGUCGGAAUCGAGAAGGAUGAGAGGGGUCGCCUGGUUAUUGACCAGGAGUACCGCACCAAGGUCCCCCACAUCCGUGUCAUCGGUGACUGCACUUUCGGCCCCAUGCUUGCCCACAAGGCGGAGGAGGAGGCUGUUGCCGCCAUCGAGUACAUCCAGAAGGGAUACGGCCACGUCAACUACGCCGCCAUUCCUAGCGUCAUGUACACCCACCCCGAGGUCGCCUGGGUUGGCCAAAACGAGCAGGAGGUCAAGGCCGCCGGUAUCAAGUACCGUAUCGGUACCUUCCCCUUCAGCGCCAACUCUCGCGCCAAGACCAACCUCGAUAGUGAGGGUCAGGUCAAGUUCAUCGCCGACGCGGAGACCGACCGCGUGCUCGGUGUCCACAUCAUCGGCCCCAACGCCGGCGAGAUGAUCGCCGAGGCCACCCUUGCUGUUGAGUACGGCGCCUCUUGCGAGGACAUUGCCCGUACCUGCCACGCUCACCCUACCCUUGCGGAAGCCUUUAAGGAGGCUGCCAUGGCCACUUACUCCAAGGCCAUCCACUUCUAGACUCCCUCCUAACUAUAUCCUCGUCGAUUCUGUACCUUUCUCCUCUAGUCUAGCCAUGCUAGCCAUCUCCGUGUAGCAUUGACAUAUUAUAUCUCCUAUGUUGGUUGUGCUGUAUUC